AUGGCUGGAAUAUUGAAGCCACCGGGGAAUUUUGCUUUAACUCCCCACAAGGUUUCCAUAUGCAUUUUAGUACAAGUCUACGCACCGCCUUCUGAAAUAUCCGUUCCCUUCCCCUUCUCCUCCGUUUCUCAUCAUAACUCUCUCGGGAUUUUCCUCCUAUCCCUUACCAAGGCAUGUGACAGUAUAUUUGAGCCGUCAUUGGAUGAAUUAAUAGCUCAAUUAAGAGAAAUUGGUGGGUUAUUGAAUCAUUGGUUGAGUGAUCAUUUGACUAGUAGACUCUCGUCUUUGGCUUCACCUGAUGACUUGUUUAACUUCUUUAAUGACUUGCGAGGGAUACUUGGGGGCUCUGAUGCAAAUGUUGUUGAUGACGAUCAGAUUGUGUUGGAUCCCAGUAGUGCUCUUGGAAUGUUCGUUAGGCGUUGCUUACUUGCCUUCAAUGUUAUAUCAUUUGAGGGUGUUUGUCAUCUUUUGUCAAAUAUAGGGACAUAUUGUAAGGAAUCCCUGUCAGAUUGUCCUCCUUUCGAGUUGUCACAUUUAGAUGAUUCUAGUAAUGAUCCAGAAUUAGAAUACGAGAGUAUGGAGUUGGAGAAUUUUGUUUUCGAGAAAGUUAGUGAAGAAUUUGAAGCCAGAAAAUUGGCAAAUGAAAGAGUUUCUUUCCACAGUCAUGCGCCUGGAGCCCUUUUUGAGUUAGUUGAAGAUACUGAUUUUGCUCCAAGCUCCAGUGGGGAACAUAUUGAUAGGCCUCGAGAAGUUAGCCCAUGUGCACCGUCAACCAGUGAUACAUUAAGAGGUACUGACCGCCCGGGUGGCACUUUCCUACGUACAAACUGGCAGGUUCAGGGCUACCUUUCGGAGCAAGCAGAUGCCAUAGAGAAACAUGGGAGCUCCUUCCCUCUGCAUGCUUUUGAAUCUAUACUAAAAAUGCUUCAGAAAUCAGCUCCAGAAUUACAUCGAGUUCACUUCUUGCGUUAUUUAAAUAGUCUUCAUCAUGAUGAUUACCCUGGUGCAUUGGAGAAUCUUCAUCGUUAUUUUGAUUACAGUGCAGGGACUGAGGGUGUUGAAUUUGUUCUUGCUCCAUCUGGCUGCAGUGGUUUGGGAAGAUAUGAAAUUGCUUUGUUAUGUUUAGGAAUGAUGCAUUUUCAUUUAGGGCACCCAAAGCAAUCUUUGGAGGUUUUAAUUGAAGCAGUUCAAGUUUCCCAGCAGCACAGCGAUGAUACAUGUCUUGCCUACACACUGGCUGCCAUUUGUAAUCUCUUGUCUGCUAUUGGCUUCUCAAAUAUGACUGGAAUUAUUGGAGCUUCAUAUUGGCCAGUUGCUGGUAUAGGCACUUCAUCGUCCAUUCAACAACAAUUGUUUGUACUCUUGAGGAGAUCCUUAAAGAGAGCAGAAAGUUUAAAGCUGAAACGAUUGGUGGCAUCCAUUCAUCUUGAAAUUGCUAAAUUUGAUUUGACGCAUGUCCAAAGACCAUUGCUCUCUUUUGGUCCAAAGGCUUCCACGAAGCUUAGAACACGCCCAGCCAAUAUCUGCAAGGAACUAUGGACCAGUUAUCAUUUGAUUAGCGAAUUUACAGAUGAAAAUGCUAUAAUGGCAGUUGAUGGUGCCUUCUGCACUUCAUGGCUGCAAAAUUUGAAAAAACCUACAGGUUUAUUGGUUUUCUCUCAAGAAAAUGGAACCAGGGGUGAUUCAGACAGUUUCAAAUUUAGUGCGCAGCCAAGUUCUAUACCAGGGUCGGUGUUACACUUAUUGGGUUCUUCCUACUUGGUUCGUGCUGCUGCAUGGGAGGCAUAUGGAAGUGCUCCUCUAGUUCGAAUAAAUGCACUGGUAUUUGCUACAUGCUUUACCGAUUCAUCGAGUUCAGCUGAUGCUGCAUUAGCAUAUGCAAAACUCAUCCAGCAUUUGGCAGUAUUCAAGGGAUACAAAGAUGCAUUUGCUGCCCUUAAAAUAGCAGAGGAGAAGUUUUUGUGCGUUUCAAAGUCCAUAAUCCUGCUUGUGAAACUGCAGUUGCUGCAUGAGCGUGCUUUACAUAGGGGACACUUGAAACUUGCUCAACAAUUAUGCGAUGAACUUGGGGUUUUAGCAUCUCCUGUAACUGGUGUGGACAUGGAGCUAAAGACAGAAGCAAGUCUCCGUCAUGCUCGAACAUUGCUUGCUGCAAAUCAGUAUGACCAGGCUGCAGCUAUAGCCCACUCCCUCUUCUGCAUGUGUUAUAAGUUUAAUAUGCAGGUCCAAAAUGCUACCGUUCUUCUCUUGCUUGCUGAGAUACACAAGAGAUCAGGCAACGCUGUUUCAGGAAUUCCCUAUGUUUUGGCUUGCCUUUCAUUUUGCCAGUCAUUUAAUUUAGAUCUUCUCAAAGCCUCUGCAACAUUGACACUGGCUGAGCUAUGGCUUUCUCUUGGACCAAGUCAUGCAAAAAAAGCUUUAGUCCUUAUACAUGGUGCUUUUCCCUUACUACUUGGCCAUGGUGGUUUGGAGCUGCGCAGUCGAGCAUUUAUAACUGAAGCAAAAUGCUAUCUAGCUGAACCAAGCUUUUCAGUUUCUGAAGAUCCGGAGAUGGUGCUGGAACCUUUAAGGCAAGCUUCAGAAGAACUUCAACUUUUGGAGCAUCAUGAAUUGGCAUCUGAAGCUUUUUACUUGAUGGCCAUUGUCUAUGACAAGCUGGGGCAGUUAGAUGAGAGGGAAGAAGCUGCAGCUUCAUUCAAGAAACAUAUUACAGCACUUGAAAAUCCUGAAGACAAGGAUAAUGCUCUCUCAAAUUUGCCGUAA